GAGAUGCUUGCCCAGAAGAAGACGACUCCCAAAGUCGAGGAGCUCGUGCAGAAGCAACUCCAGCUGCUCUCUUGCGUGGCGAAGAACCGGACGACUGAACCUGGCACGGUAACUGGAUGUGACAAGCUGGUGGAGGACAUGAAGUACAUGGUGAGCUGCGCUACAGCGAUGGAGCUCCAGGAGCUCAAUACUGCAGCCCUUCCGCCACAAGACGGUCCUUGCAAGAAGGUCCCGUCCAAUCAGCGGGGAGAUCCGAACAUGAAGUGUGGCACGGACGUCUUGCUGCAGUUGAUCAUGGACCCUGACCUGGCUGACGAAAUUGCAUACGUCAGCAAACGAGGAGGCAUUCCAGACGAUGCAUGGAAGGGCCAGAGCUUCAUGGCAGCGUACAAU